AUGCUUCGGAUCCCCCUUCCUUCGACUUCUUUUGGGCUCCCUAGUGGAGAAUUAUGUCCUUACAAUGUCACUGUCGAUGAUCGUUACGGUGGCCCCGACGGUUCAGAGAUCGCGUAUGGCGAAGGAUGGUUCGACAGUGGGUUGAGUGAGUGCGGCCCUGGGUGCCAGUCCGCAGCUAGCUUCGCAGGUGCCACUAACGGAACAUGGAAAAGGUCCACCUAUGAUUCGACUGCUAACUUAGACAAGCCCAAGUCUGCCAGCUUUGCCUUCAAUGGCACUGCGGUAUAUGUCUAUUGCAUCCUUGCACCUGCCACCGCAGCAGGUAUUCCGGGGAACACCGACUUAACCUUCAUUUUGGAUGGCAACGUGGCUCAGAUGCUGAAGGAUCUGUCCCUGUCGCCCCAGCGCACAGUUGUCUUUCAGCAGGACAAUUUGCCAUUUGGCGAGCACGGACUUACCAUCGUGAAUGGCCAUAUGGGUAGCAAAUACAAACAAGUCAUGGUGUUCCUUGACUCGAUUGUCUAUACCGCAGAUGACAGCCAAAGCGAUAAAGGUAGUCGAGGCAAGGACAAGGCUGACAGGCCGCGGAAGGGAAGUAACGCGGAUGGCGAUAAUUUCGCGUCAACUCAAGCGACUUCUGAAAACAAGAAACUGGUGAUCAUCGCUGCUAUCUGCGGAGUGCUAGGAGGAAUAUUGCUCCUUGCGAUUCUGAUAUGGCUCUAUCACCGCUUCAGAGCGAAGAGGACGAGACAGCUUCCAGCUACACCCUUGCCAGGUAUGUCGAGUUGGGACCAAGACGGAUUCUCGCGGCCACCAACAUCUGCUCCUUCAUGGCACCCAAGCCUGUUCGUACGCCAAUAUCCCAGUGCCCCUCCGUCACGCAGGGCUCCGUCGGUUACCUCGAGUAGACGGCACAUCCUAUCUAGCAGCAGCGAAGACCCAAGUUGGAGAGACAUGUCGGUACAAGACAUAGUCUCAGAACCCGACACAUCGAAUGCAUCAAAGAGCGUUCAUCCAGGCAGCAUGCGGCAGUAUGAGGACCCCUACAGCCGUCGCGACCCAUUUGUUGCUGUACAACAAUGGCAACAAAGGCAAUCGCGGGUAUCGUCGAUGGAAUCGACACACUCUCCAAAACCGGCGGAUGGCGGGCGAAACAUUGGCCCCCUUCGUUCGCCGAGUAUCCUAAUCCAACCACCACCGCUAUUACAUUAA